AAACACUACAUCACGAUAGAAGAUAUUUUUUUUCAAUCAAGAUUCAAGUUAAAAUGCAGUUUUUCAACAAAAUUCUAAGACCUUCUCAUAGGUUCAAAUAUCGAGUCUGCGUUCUCCCACAACGCUACAUCAUGGCCCUUCUACUGUCCUGCGGAGUACUGGCCCUGUUCACCAUACGUGUGUCUUUUCAAGUCGUCUUGUUCCACAUGGUAGUCCCCCCCAAGAUCAUACGAUUUGCGAACGCAACCAUAACCUGCAAAUAUAGCGAACCACCCACCCCCCCUAUCACAACCGCAAAAAAGUACGACUGGUCAGAAUCACAUCAAGUCCACAUCCUCCAGGCAUUUUUCUUGGGAUACUUUCUGGGGCACUUUCCCGGAGGUUACCUUUCCGACAGAUACGGAGGAAAAAUCGUUUUGUCUUGUUGCACUUUCGCAACAAUCAUUUUAACAAUCUUGACUCCAGUGAUACUAAGCAGUAGUUCGAUGGACUACUACACCUUGAUUGGGGUUCAAGCACUUACUGGUUUCUCAACCGGAAUGCUUUUUCCCAGCGUCCAUUCGAUUCUAGCGCAUUGGACACCAGCUUGCGAUAGAGGAAAACUGAGUGGUAUAGUUUUUUGCGCUGCUCAGUUCGGUGUUGUGUUAAACGAUGCAGUUAGCUUUUCUUUCAUCCUCCAUACGGAGGCUUGGAGUUCGGUCUUUUACCUGUAUAGUUCCAUAGCAGCAAUUUGGUUGGUGGUUUGGCUAAUUUUUGGACAGGCGACAUACAGACAUGGUAUAUUGUCCACUCAAGAGGAGAAUGCGUAUCUCGACAGGAAUCUUGCCGAUUUGGUUAGUGAUAAUUAUAGAAAAGUACCUUGGAAGAAGAUGUUCUUUUCUAUUCCUCUGUGGGCACUCAUCGUUUCACACUUCGGCCACAUGUGGAUCUGGCAUGUACUGAUAUUAGAUGUUCCCGAGUACCUGAUGUACGUAUUGAGGUACAACAUGAGGAAUAGUUACUUUCUGGCUGCCCUGCCGUACUCUAUGCUGGCUGUUCUGACUAUUAGCAAUGGAUUUUUUAUGGACUACUUAAUUAACAACAAACUGGUGAAGAUUACCACAAGCCGCAAAGUUUUCACCACGUUUGGUGCUGUUGGACCUGCCAUUUUCUUAGCGGCAGUACCUUUUGUUCAUUGUUCAAGAGAAGCAGCGAUUAUUCUGUUCGCAGUUGGUAUAAGUAUGACGAGUUUUUACUACACAGGUACUAGAAUCAACACUCUGGAUCUUGCACCAAACUAUAGCGGCACGAUAAUGGGCAUAGUUAACGGAAUUGGGGCUAUACCAGGUGUUAUAGUACCACACAUCGAGGAUGACCUAAUUAUAAAUAACACCUUCAACGAAUGGAAAGCCUUGUUCUGGUUACAUUUCUUUAUACUGCUUUGUACGUGUAUUUUUUUUAUAAGUUUUGGAAGUGGAGAAGUGCAACCAUGGAAUGAUUACGAACUGGAAAAUCGCCUAGCACACAUUGAUGCAUCUUAAAAAUGACAUUGUG